AGGGUCUCCGGCAAAGUGGUGAGGGUGAGAAGAGGAACAUUCUCUUGUAAUUUGGUCUCUAUCAGUUGCUGGUGGGAGGUGGUGGAGGUUGCCACCACCACGGCCUUUCAUCUCUCUCUCACUCACAGCAUCCUUUUUUUGCGCAAAGCUUUUGCAGCAAUCAAUCUUCCACUUAAAAGAUAAGGAGAAAGAGAAUGAGAGAGAUGGAUAAUUAGGGCAUGUGUGAGUUGUUUGUACUCAUUUGUUGCAUUGCUUCUUAUUUAACCCUCUCUCUUCUCUGUAUUUCCAUUCCACAAACCUUUCCUUUUCCCUUUCGUUUCUUUUCUUUUUCCAACCCUCGGGAUCUGAUCUCUCCCUCGCUCCUUCUCUCUCUGCACAGCCCACACGACAAUUUUCCAGAGUGCAACAGUUGAGUUCACUUCAAUUCCCGAGGAUAGCUUUUUUUAUUUUAUUUUUAUCAUUCAUCUUCUUUUCUGGGUUUCCUCUUCCUUUCUGGGUUUUCAUUUUUGUCUGGUUCGGUUUGUGGCCUCAAAAGUUGGAAGUGGGUUACAAAAGCAAGCUCUAAAGUGUCUCAUCUGUUUGUUGAUUGGUGGAUAUAAGUUGGGUUCAACCAGAUCUGAGGAGGCUUCAGUUGGAUAGAGUUUUUUACUCUAGAGGCUUAUCAAGCUCGUGUUGCCACAGUCCCGAUUUGUGGUUGGAAGAAUAUGAAUACCUUUUCACAUGUUCCCCCCGGUUUUAGAUUCCACCCCACGGAUGAAGAACUUGUCGAUUACUACCUUAGAAAAAAGGUUGCUUCGAGAAGGAUUGAUCUAGAUGUCAUUAAAGAUGUUGAUCUCUACAAAAUUGAGCCAUGGGAUCUUCAAGAGUUAUGCAAAAUAGGCACUGAAGAGCAGAAUGAGUGGUAUUUCUUUAGCCAUAAAGAUAAGAAGUAUCCAACUGGAACUCGAACUAAUAGAGCUACAAAAGCCGGAUUCUGGAAAGCUACUGGAAGAGAUAAGGCUAUUUACUGUAAGCAUAGCUUGAUUGGCAUGAGAAAGACUUUAGUCUUUUAUAAAGGUCGAGCCCCAAAUGGACAAAAGUCAGAUUGGAUCAUGCAUGAGUAUCGUCUGGAAACAAAUGAAAACGGGACUCCUCAGGAAGAAGGAUGGGUCGUUUGUAGGGUAUUCAAGAAGAGAAUGGCAACAAUGCGGAAAGUGGGUGAACAUGGGUCACCAUGUUGGUAUGAUGACCAAGUUUCAUUCAUGCCAGAUCUUGAUUCCCCAAGGCGGAUUUCUCAGCCUUACACUUCCUUCCAGCAUCAUUAUUCCUGCAAACAAGAGCUCGAGUUGCCCUACAAUAUGCCUCAUGACCCUUACCUCCAGCUUCCUCAGCUAGAAAGCCCCAAACUUCCACAGUCAGCUGCUAGCGUAAGCUGCAAUUCGGUGGCUCCAUAUGGUUUUGAUAGGCACAACGGAAGCACUUUGCAGUCCUCCACCCUCACACAAGAGGAGCAUAUACAGCAAAGCUAUCAACAAAACAUGAGCUCUCUUUACAGCAGCAACAAUGAGCAAGCAGUGGACCAGGUAACGGAUUGGCGAGUCCUUGACAAAUUUGUUGCAUCUCAGCUAAGCCAUGAUCAAGACGCAUCUAAGGAAACCAACUACUCCAAUGCAGCUGUCCCUACUUUUCAUGUUGCUGAUCAUAUGAACUUGCUAGUGAAUGAUUCCAAAAGGCCAGAAAUUGCUCAAGAAUAUGCUUCAACAUCAACGUCCAGUUGCCAAAUCGAUCUGUGGAAGUGAAGACAAAAUAAUAGUAAUUAGACCAUACAUACUAAUUAUAGCAAGUACAGUUCUAAAAGAAAAGAACGGUUGAUCGAUAUCCAGGUUGCUGUACAUAAUAAAGCUGCAAUGGUAAUGCUCUAGCUACUGGACGUCUGGUACCCUUCAUAUCGAUUGAUAUUACUAGGCAACUAGAUAGAAUAGAGAUGCCUAUUUGAAAUAAAUGAAAAUAUUUAGAUGGACUGUAUGGCCAAGUACUCUAUUGAAUCGACUUGGUGAGUGUUGAAUGUAUUUUCCUUUGUUUCAGCUUAAUUUGCAUUUAAAAGGGUUUAUUUUGUAAUUCUCUUUUGUCUAUUUAGAUUAUAUAUACAUAUA